AUUACCUCCAACAUUCAGUAAAAACCAAAUCGUGAGUAACGUUGUCACCGCGACAAAUACAAUAUUCCUGUGAUCAAUAUUUACCAAAAUAAAAACGUAAAUAUGUCCGAAGCUUUCUUUGACGAGUACGACUACUACAACUUUGACCACGACAAGCACAUCUUCUCCGGCCACAGUGGCAAGCAGCGCACCAAGAAGGAGGUGAACGAGCACACCAACCACUUCGACCCCUCCGGACAUUCCAGAAAGAUCGUCACCAAGUUCGUGAACACGGAGAACAACAAGAAAUCCAACAGCAAGCAUUAAAUGGCUCGUCGUUUGUGAUAUGACAAUGGCUGGGAAAAGGACUAUCGAAAUGCCGAGCGAAAGGAGGACUUUAUGGCGGAUCCCGGAAGAGAGCUCCGGCCGCCACUCGUCUCAGAGAUCCAUGGAACACCCGCGGCGGUUCCUGCUGACGCAGAGCUUCUACCUGGCGCAGCACAGCGGGCGCGCGCGCUGCCGGGCCCGGCCGCAGCGCCCUCGCUAGCCCGCAUUCAACACCGUUCCAGCAACGAUCUCAACCUUAUUUUUAUUUGAGCUUGUUGUAAAGCUCACCACUGCUGUGUUAUUAUUCCUAGUUAGAUUAUUAUGAUUCUGUAUCUUCCGUGGUACACAAGGGACUGUAAUAAUUUAAGGCAAAUAAAAAUUAUUGUUAAGAUUA